AGCCAUUUUGGCUCCAGGGGGGCUCCGAGGGCCCCCGACCCCGCAGCCAUGCGGGGGCCCCUCGCCAUGGCGCUCCUGGUGGGCGCAGGCGCGUUCUCGGUGCUUCCGGGCUCGACGCCAGCAGGCCCCGCUGGCCCCGCCCGGGCAGCCGACACUGCCUUGCGAGGCAGCCACCGCCGGGCUGCCCAGCAGUCUGCAGGCGGCGAGCCCGCCCCGGGCUUCGGCGCCAGCGUGGCGGCCGCCGUGGCGAUCGCGGCGCUCGGCGCGUCUCUGCGGAAGGGGCCGGCCUCGCGUGCCCGCGCCGCCCGCCGCGCGUUCUACGUCCCCGGCCUCGCGGCCGCGAAGAACAAGCCAGAGCUGAUGAAGGACGAGGUCUACCAGGGCGCCGCGACAGGCGAAAACGAGCUCAACUAUGUGAACCCGUGGUUGAGAAAAGUCUGCACCGACGAGGAGAUAGAGGACCCGUCGAAGCAGCAAACUGGCAGAGGACGCUAUGUGGAGUACAACGGCCCAGUCUACAAGCAGGUGCCGAUCGUCGCGGGCUACGACAAGUUCCCGCUGGACCCAAACAUCUACGAUGAGAGGUACGGGCUGGAACCGCCACCAGUGGGCGCAUGCUGGGGCGACGGGCGCGACCCCAAGGACGGCAACUGGUACCUGGAGAUCGACGGCAAGAAGGAGCAGUGCUGGCAGGGAGACGGCCAGCGUAGAAAGGCUGGGGCCGUCGUGAAGGUCCUCAAGGGCACCGGCCAGUUCUUCAUCAACGGCCGGGAGGCGAUCGACUUUCUGGAGAACCAGCCGCUGUGGUGGUUCAAGGCGGCUGAACCGAUCCUGUGCCUGAGCGAGAAGAACAACUUCGACAUCAUCGUGAAGGCGUUUGGUGGCGGUAAGAGCGGCAAAGCGGGGGCCAUUCGCCUGGCCCUGGCGAAAGCUCUGAUUGAGUAUAACUACUCGUGGUUCCCGUUGAUGAAGAGGGCCAAGUACCUCACCAGGGAUUGGCGCAUGAAAGAGCCAAAGAAGACUGGUCGGCACAAGGCCCGCAAGAAGAAGCCCUACCACAAGCGCUGAGCGGCGCCCGGGCCUCUGCAAGGUUCCGUCGCCUCGCUCCGCCUCGCUCCGCCUCCUCCGGUUCGCCUUCUCUUCUCCAUCCGCAUCCUCCGUUCUUCUCUAGUGGCUCUGGUCUGCUUCGC